AUCUCCCUCUCUCGUCUGUGCCCGACAUCAACGAUUUGUCUCGAUAUCAUUCUUCCCGAUCGUCAGCCUGAAGCUGCUGAUUAUUGAUCAUUAAAAGAAGCUGUAAUUCGAUAAGAAUCGAAAGUACGUCAUCAAUUUGCGUGAUUUUUUUGGAUCGGUGAAUCAACGCGGGAGGCGGAAGCCAGUGCAGGGAGAUCGAGCCGGGCCAGCGCCGACUCAGACGCGGUGUGGAGGCGCAGCAGAGCCCGAGUCCACCAGCAGAGUCCCAGUCCACCAGCAGGGUCAUAGUCCACCAGCAGAGUCAUAGUCCACCAGCAGAGUCAUAGUCCACCAGCACAGUUCACCGUGCGAGUCGAUCAGCGAUGAGGCUGCUGCCUGCGCUAGGAGCGCUGCUUGGCGCCCUGCUGGCGGGAGCCCAGUUCGUACCACCGUACACCGAAGAGUGCCGGAGUGGCAUGUACCCCCCGAAGGGACCCACGUACAAAGGGCAGGUUCCCUGGUACAAGAUCGACUUGGACCUCCCGCCAGCCCAACGCUGGACCAAGCUGAUCACCGAGAAGAAAGCCGAGUUGGUGUCACUGGUCGACCUGAUUAAGCAGCUGGCAGGAGAUUUCUUCCCGAGUGGGAAGCUCGUGGAGAUCAUUGACGUCGCUCUGGGCCCGCUCGCUAGCACAUUCCCAGCCCCUUUUGCAGGUGAACUCAAAGGGAUCUCCGAAGUCUCUGGGGUGCCUCUGGGUGAGGUGGUUCUCUACAAUGUGUUCUACGAGGUUUUCACCGUCUGCACGUCGUUGGUCGCCAUGGACACCAAAGGGAAAAUGUACCACGCGAGAAACCUGGACUUUGGAUUGUUCAUGGGCUGGGACUCCAGAAACAACUCGUGGAUGGUGCCGGCGCGCCUCGCGCCCCUCGUCGUCAACCUGGACUUCCAGCGCUCGGGAAAGACCGUGUUCCGCUCAACCAACUUCGCCGGAUACGUGGGGAUGUUGACGGGAAUGAGGCCUGCUGCCUUCACCCUCACAAUGAACGAGCGCUUCAACAUCGACGGGGGCUACAUCGGCAUUAUUGAGUGGAUCCUGGGGCAGAGGGAUGGCCAUUGGAUGAGUUUCCUUACGAGAUCAGUUCUGGAAAAUGCAACCAGCUACGACGAGGCUCUGAAGAUGCUCACGGACACGCCCAUGCUGGCACCCGCAUACUUCAUCCUGGGCGGCGCCGCCUCCGGGGAGGGCUGCGUGAUCACGCGCGCCCGCAAGACCACGCUCGACGUGUGGAAGAUGGACCCCGCGCAUGGCCUGUGGUACGUCUUGGAAACCAACUAUGACCACUGGAGGCCUCCGUUCUUUCUGGACGACCGCAGGACGCCCGCCAUGCUCUGCAUGAACCGGACUACGCAGGCCAAUGUCACGCUGGAAACCAUCUACGAUGUCCUUUCAACCAAGCCUGUCCUUAACAAGCUGACCACCUACACGGCGCUCAUGGAAAUCGGAACGGGCACCUACGAAGCUUACCUGAGGUCCUGCCCGGACCCCUGCAUGCCCUGGUGAUGACGACCCUUCGCCAUUACGUUCCCCCCAUGCGCGCUCGCCGGUGUGCAUCUCUUGAUGGCAAACGCCAUUGGGGCUUUUUUUAUAUAAACAGCAGCCCAUAAGAACACCGUGAUUAGUGUGAGCUUCUGCACACAGUACUUUGGAAAUUAAAACAUGCGCACGCACAUCUAAUUCCAUGAGUGAAAAACGCGGUUCGUGUUUCUGCGCUCACGUAACUCUUUAACAUCAUCUUGCAUUUGCAGCAUUCCCGCCCUAACAAACAGGUGCACACCAUGGCAGGCGACUUAUUUGUGAGCGUGAAAUAUUUGUCGUACGAAGCCAAGCGUUGAGGUGCCGCAGUGGCGAGAUAUUAACUCCCUCACUUGGAAGACAGGAGGUCGUGGGUUCGAUCCCAACCCUGACACCUGUUGCAUAUUUGAAGUUAAAAUUUUCUCCCCGUGGUCGCAUGGAUUUU